ACCAAAAAGUAAAUAUUUGAGAAUUUGUCUCUCAUAAAAGCUGAUAUAGUUAUAAAGAUAAAUAAUUCCAUUAGGGAUACGAACACCCAAGUACCCAGUGUUUUCGCUCAUAAAUUACAGAUUAAUUAUAAAGGAAAAAAAUUAAUUAAUAGAUACCUAAUGUUCACAAACGGUGUAGUUCCCUAGUUUUCUGAAAUAUUCAACACAUAACAAUGAAGAGUCAACCGAUCAAUAUUUUUUUCCCAAUUUUCCCCAAAAAUAACUGCGUAUGUUUUAGUGGUUACGUUGAGAAAGAUCAACAUGUAAUAAGUAUCUAUAUUACAAAACUGUACGAUAAACUAUCUUUAGGAACGUCUGCAAUAAAAAGCAACAAAAAAGAAAGGGAAAAUCAAAUAAGAAUACACGGACACUGUUUUGAAACAAUACCAGCUAAAACACAGAGCUUUAAAAAUUAUAUGAUAUUGGAUCUUAAAUUUCACAAAGUCAAUUUAUUAAUAAUUGAUGGCAUCGAGAUAUCUGCAGACAACAGUAUUGUGUUACUAUAUGACCACUAUAAAAUUAAAGAAUCACAAACCCCAAUCGAUUUUACACCAUUUACUAAACUAAAAAGAUUGAUAUACGAGGAACAAAACGAAAAACAAUGUAAAGAAUGUGAUUUAAACAAUGUGAAAGUACCGUGGUUAUCAAAUUCAAUGUUUCUACAACACAUCUAUGUUUACUAUCAACUAAUUCAAUGGCUUAUAAUUUCUGCAAAGGCAAAUAAAAAAGUAACAAUAAAACAAGGUAAUUUAAUAUUGGCAAUAAUAGCAGAUGUAAUAUUAGGCUGUAUCUUAUUGCAACUGCUGUUAGGAGACAUCCACAGCAUUAGCUCAUUACUAAUGGGCAUGCUCGAGAGGUUAAUAAAUUCACUUUAUUCAUUGUUAAAAUGGUUAAUGGGUGCACCAGUGGGUUUGAAGUUGAAUAAUGCUUUCAACAAAAUGUUAGGAAAAUAUUUUUCUUACCAUGUUCAGCUAUGGUGGCUGUUUUUAGAUGUUUCGCGAGAAAAACUUGACUUAAUACUACACAUAUACCGAUAUGUGGGUUAUUUAGGGCUCACGUUUCAAAUAGCAGUGAUUUCGGAUAUGAUAUGCAUUGCAACGUUUCAUUCAUAUUGCAUCUAUGUUUAUGCUGCAAGAAUGUUUAACAUGCAAAUAUCAGGUCUGAUUGCAUUGUUGAGACUCUUCGUUGGUCGCAAAUACAAUCCACUGAGGGGCAGCAUAGACUCUUGUGAAUAUACGAAUCAAGAAUUAUUUGUAGGAACUGUGGCUUUUACAAUAUUGUUGCUUUUGCUGCCCACAACAGCAUUGUAUUAUAUUGUGUUUACAUUGUUUAGAAUACUAUCUCUGGCGCUUCAGUAUAUAUUAGCGCAGUUGAUCUACAUUAUACAAACAUUCCCGUUUUAUGUGAUAUCCCUCUGGGUGUUACAAUCGCCAAAAGUAGCAGGAAACGUUUUAAUAGAAAGAGUGAAUGGUAGAAACUCACCUUUAGUUGUGGAGGUGCAAUUGUUGAGCAAAUCCUUAACAGAUUUGGUAGCCAUGUUCAGACCGCCCGUUGAAAAACCGAAAAAUCUUGAAUGGACCAAUCUAUUAUCCAAUGUUCUAGUUGGAAAACAAAUUGUAUAAAGACUGCUGUUAAAUAAAACAAUUUGAUUUAUUA